AUGAGAGCAGUUGACAUCUAAAAUCAAAAUGGGUUUAUUGAGUAGCUUAAAAGAGCUACUAGUAUCAAAGAAAAUAUUUACCAAUUAGUUUAUUUUCAUAUGCCAUUUGAUUCUCGUGCUGUUUAGUUAGAUUAUAACUAAGCAAUAGAGUUCCAAAGAAAGCCUAUCUUCCCUGCUGUUUCUACAUUCUACACUCUAUUGAGUGUCAAAAAGAAUAUUCUACCUCCUUAGAAACACAUAACUAUCAUGAUUGAAAAUUUUAACAAGUACUUAAUUCCAAACUUCAAACACUUUUAUAUACUACUCUUCAUUUUAACUCUUAAGCUUGGAUCUAUUUUACUUUAUAUAUAUUUGAAGCAAGGCUUAAAAUAAUUGGAUAAGUGCUUGGAAAUAAUGAUUUAAGGAAAAAGACUAUAAAAACUUGAUAUUACUUCACCUGUUAACUUUGAAACUUGGGAAGUAGCUAGAAAGUUUAUUCUCAGCUAUAAAAAGGAGUAUUUAGAGGUUUUAGAGAUGUCCUAUUUUGCUUUUAUAUUUUAUUACUUUUUUGUUAUAAUAAUAUGUCUCUCAGCAUAUUUUGAUCUUUAUUGGCUAAUCCCAAAAGAAUCUCACUUAUUAAAACCUGCCUCAGUUAUUAUCAAUACUUUUAAUUUUAUAUUCUUAAAUGUAAUAUUCAUUCUAAGAUUGAAUGUCGGAACUGAUUAUAAUUAUUAGUUUGAGUAACUAAACUCUCAUAUUUCUUUCCUUUAAGUUAUGAUGUCUAACUUAAAUGCUAUGUAUCCAUAAUUUUUUUUGUAGGACUAGAUGUCUAAGAAUAAAGAAGAUAGAUACAGCGCUUAUUCUUUGAUUGUGAAAAGGAUAAAGUAGCUUAGUACUAAUAUAAUAGAAACAAAAUCUUUUUAUUAUAACAAAGUGUAUAGCACUGAAGAAAAGCAUGAGUUAAGAAGAUAAAUAAUAUAAAACAUUAAAGUUACAUUAAAAAAAACAAAAGAGUCUAUUUUGUUGGAUUAAGCAAAAUAUAGUUAUAAAUUUGCAAAUAUGAUGGAAAUCAAUAAAAACGAUUUCAUUUUCACUCUUUUUAUAGGUAUCGCUUCAGCAUUACCAAAAAUACUGCCUAUUUUAAUUUUAUUUUAUUUAAAAUGA